AUGAAUCCAAACAAUCAAAACAAUCGUAUCAGCCUUGAUCUCUCCUUGGGGAUUGGUCCUCAUCAAGAACAAGGCCAGUUCAUGCAACUCUUGAGAUCAGUAAGUGAUCCUCAACCAAGUAUCCAACCUCCUCCUCCUCCUCCUCCACAUCACAUGACGCCUCAUGGAUACUACAACAACGUCAUAAACCCUUGGAAUGUCCCCGGGAUGGCUCUUCUUCCAUCUCCACCGCCCGGGACGGCUCUUUUGCCGUCUCCAUCGCCUUAUCCACAGUCAGGGAAACUCCUUCAGCCUCCUCAACAGAUCCAAGAUGAAGCUGUGGCCUUGGAGGCUCCCCGGUCGGGAGCUAGGUUAGGCCGGCCACCCGCUGGACAUCAAGCACGUCGUAAUAAUUCGUCGAGAGCGGUUGCGGUUGAGAAAAACGCUGGUGAUAAGGAGAUCGAACCACCGUAUCCAUGGGCCACCACAAGACCAGCCUUUAUUCAAAGCCUCAGGUACUUGAUUUCUAAGAAUAUAAACGUGAUCUCUGGACAAGUUCAUUGUAGGCCAUGCGAGAAUACUCAAACCGUGGAGUAUAAUCUCAAGGAGAAGUUUGACGAAUUGUUUCAAUACAUUAACAACAACAAGGAGGCGCUGCGUCAACGAGCACCUAUUGUUUGGACGAAUCCGAAACUGAUUCCGUGUGGCUCAUGCGAGAGUGGGAUGAAGCCGGUGAUUAGCGAGAAGAAGGAAGAAAUCAACUGGUUGUUUCUUUUGUUAGGGCAAAUGUUGGGAUGUUGUACUUUGGAACAGCUUAGGUACUUUUGUGACAAGACUAAGCAACAUCGAACCGGUGCAAAGGAUCGUGUUCUCUACCUCACUUAUCUUGGUCUAUUGAGGCAGCUCAAGACCUGCGAAACAUUCAGCCUCUGA